AUGGCUUCGUCCAUCUUCCAUGGAACCUCGUAUGUCACAGGUGCCACCUCAGCCACGCUGUUGGCAGCCGAUCUUGAACUCAGCUUCUGGGGCGGCGUGGAUCCCAAAACAGGGGAGGUAAUUGAUCGUUUCCACCCACUGAGUGGUCGUUUUCUGAAAGACACCAUCCUAGCCAUACCCGGAGGCAGAGGAUCCUGUGGCGGCAGCGUCGUCAUGAUGGAGCUGAUUCUGAAUGGCCUGGGCCCCAAGGCCCUGAUCUUUGAGCGUCGCGAGGAGAUCAUUACACUGGGCGUUAUCGUUGCCGAAGAGAUGUUCAGCAAGUCGGCCGCGGUGGUGACACUGAACCCGGAGGACUUCCGUCGAGUUCUGAGCUGGGAUGGCAAGACUGUUCAUGUACAAGGUGGAUUAGUCUCGGAUGGUCCCUUGAAUGUCAAUGCUACCGACAGAGCUGUGGAACCCGCGGUGGACCUGACCAAGUGCAACGUCCAGCUUACUGAUCCCGACCGGGCCAUGCUGGAUGGAGUGCACGGCGAGGCGGCGCGGAUCUCGCUGAAGAUCAUCAUCCGAAUGGCGGAGAUGAUGGGAGCCCGAGAACUGAUGAAUAUCCGCCAAGCGCAUACAGAUGGCUCCUGGUACGGCCCUGGCUCAGUGGCCUUUGGAAAGAGGCUUCGUGACUGGGGCGGCAAAUUCAAGGUCCCUACUACUAUCAACUCUCUCAAUAUUGACCAGAAACGAUGGCGGGCUCUCGGAAUUGAAACAGAGUUUGGAUACUCGUGUGAUGAAUUGGCUAAGGCUUUUGUCGACAUGGGCGGCAAGAUUUCAUUUACCUGUGCCCCUUAUCUACUAGACACGGCACCGAAGCUAGGCGAUCCAAUUGCCUGGGGAGAGUCUAAUGCCGUUCUCUACGCAAACAGUGUCCUGGGUGCGAGGACACUCAAAAACCCUAAUAUGCUGGAGGCCCUGAUUGCCCUGACUGGCCGCGCACCCAAGGCCGGAGCCUAUUUGGACGAGAAUCGCGUUGCGUCUAUCUGGCUCCGGGUAACACCACCAGAGGCGACGGACGACUCCUUCUGGCCGAUUUUAGGCUACGCUCUGGGCGCCAUUGCCACCGCCCACAUUCCGGUCAUUACUGGACUGGAACACCUGAAGCCCAAUAGCGACGAUUUCAAGGCGUUCUCAGCGGCAUUUGCUACAUCGUCCAGCGCUCCCAUGUUCCACAUGGUCAAUCUGACGCCAGAGGCUCCCACGCUGGAGGCCGCAUGUCGUGAAGGCAUAGUCCCCAAGGCCAUCGAUAUGACUUGGAAAGAUCUAGCCGCGACCUGGGAUGAAUUCAACCAUGGCUCUGAGCCACGCGAAAUCGAUCUCGUCUCAUUUGGCAACCCACACUUCUCCCUCCGAGAGAUCAAAGAGAUCGCGAAGCUGUGCCAAGGACGAAUCAAGAACGAGCGUGUUGCCGUGAUCGUCACCUGUGGUCGUGCCCAGUACGGCCUUGCCGUACAGGCGGGCUAUGUCCGAGAGCUUGAACACUUCGGGGUCCAGUUCUUGCAAGACACCUGCUGGUGCUCCAUCCAGGAACCGGUUAUCCCCAGGGAUACCCGCACGAUCAUGACAAACUCGGGCAAGUACAUCCACUACGGACCUGGACUCACAGGCAAGCACUUUGCCUUUGGCAGUCUGGAGAUGUGCAUCAAUGCCGCGUGUACGGGGAAGACGACUGGUGAUCCGCCUUUGUGGUUAGCAGAAGCCAGAUCACGAUAG